AUGGCUGAUGGUCGACAACUCACAAUAAUCAAGGUCUUUCGAAAAUACAGCCAUUCGCUAGGUCCAGAUGCUCUACAAUUCCUGGAAGAAAUCCUUGAAAAGCAUGAUAUAGCGGACAAUGACGUGGAGUUCUCAAUCGAGACCAUUGCGAGGGAGUAUAACAAACAAGAUGAUGCUGCCAUGAAAGUUUCAUUAGACAUCUUGCGGAGAGUCUACGACGCGUUACAGGACCAAGGCAAUCCGGGGGAAGCAGAAGAAUUACUAGACCCUGAUAGCCAUCUCUACUUCGUAGACGCAUUUGAAAUGCCAUCAUGGCACUGGUCUCAGGAAAGAGGAACAUUCGAGAAAUCUUCUAGCCCUCUCACUGUUGCGGGUAGCGCAGACUCGCGAAUAGCGGCGGUACGCAACCGACUACACAUAAUCAAGCAGAGCAUCUUACGAAACGAACACUUCUCACCAUCUACUCUUCCAUCUCGAGACCGAGAACAUCUUGUCACGCUCAAAUCCACAAAGCAGCUGCUUGGUAGAGCCGGCGAACGCUUCUUGCUCUUAGGAAUGCUUGCGCACAACAAAGAAGGGAAAUUGUGUGUCGAGGACUCGGACGGAAGCGUCGAGCUUGAUCUGUCCAAAAUGGACGAACCAGGCGAAGGGUUGUAUACGGAGGGCUGCUUCGCCCUUGUAGAAGGGGAAUACAAUGAAGAUGGCAUCCUCGAGGUCGUGGCUAUGGGACAACCUCCUUGCGAGGAUCGGGAGACUGCUAGGUCAAUCUACGGUCACAUCGACUUCUUGGGGCAAGGUUCAACUUCCCUGCUCGAAGAUUCACAGUUCGCCCGUCGGAUUCAUGAAGAACUCUCCGACCUCUAUUUCUUCUUCCUUUCAGAUGUUUGGCUAGAUCACCCUCAAACUCUCGUUGGACUUCAGAAGAUGUUCGACAAUUGCAUCGAGAACAGCUUCAUACCUAAGGUCAUCGUUAUGUGUGGUAAUUUCACGAGCAAAUCAAUAAUGCAGGGGGGCGGUAGAGACAUCCAGCAUUAUCAGGAAAAUUUCGAUUCCCUGGCCGAUUUAAUAGCAUCAUACCCUCAAAUUACUCGAGAAACACACUUCGUCUUUGUUCCAGGGCCUCUAGAUAUCACGGGCAGCAGUGCCCUUCCCCGCAGACCAAUUCUAUCUACAUUUACGUCCCAUCUCCGCAGCAAGAUUCCAAAAGUCCACUUCACCAGCAAUCCUUGCCGCUUGAAGUUUUUCGGUCAGGAGGUUGUUAUAUUUAGGGAGGAUACCAUGGCACGAAUGUUGAGAAACACGAUUGGCAUAAAACCAAAUGUCACUGGUGAAGAUUUGAGACGAUAUUCGAUAUUAGACCAAAGUCAUCUUACCCCACUGACUACACAUAUCCAACCUGUAUUGCCAGACUUCGACCAUGCACUCCGACUAUACCCUCUCCCGACCGCCGUGAUUCUGGCUGACAAGUAUGAGAAAUACAAGUUGACAUACUCGGGAUGUCACGUAUUCAAUCCUGGAGGUUUUGUUGGCAAUUCUUUUUCUUUUUCGACAUAUUGCCCUGCCGAGAGGAGUUCUGAAGAGGGGUACGUGAUAUAA